AGAAACGAUAAGCUUGAGUUUAUGUGCUAUUGCUCUACAGAAACGCAGUGAAGGCAGAAGAAGAGAUGGAAAACAUAACAGCAAGCGAAAUUGCAGGCUUUGGGGUUGGCACUGUGCUGUUAUGUGCUACAAUUGCUGCCCCCAAAGUUGAUGCUUUCAUUUCUGCUUCACAGAGAAGUUCUUUGGGCAUGUGCAAGAGAUGCGGUGAUCUAAGGAUGAUAGCAUGCUCCAGAUGUAGAGGAACUGGAUUAAUCAAAGCAAAUGGACCAUUCAGUUUUAACCUUAUUGAUGAUUUAUAUCAGUCCUUUGCAAGUGCUGAAUUGAAGGUAAAAUCCAUUGGAUGUACAAAAUGUCAAGCUAGAGGUCACUUCAGCUGUCCUGAUUGCUCUAAUAUACCCAAACUUUGAUUUCAAUCAUGCCACUGAAGACAUAUCUUCUUUUAUGCUCAUGCUUAAUAUAAUCAUGAGUUUUAUUCCUAUAGCCAUUGUACCUGAACUUUUUGUCUUAAUACACUGGAUAUUGUAAACCCACUUGUGGAUGGAGAAUUGUCAUAAUGGCUUCUAUUUAUACCAGUUUCAUUAUCAA